GACCAUCUCCCACCUCGCCGGGCUAGCUCAAAACCAAAAUCUUCCCGCUUCCAUUCCCCAAUCAGCUCGUGUUUUUGUCCGCGCCGGUGCACAUCUCUGGUUUUCUUCCUCACUACACUUCUUCGUUCGACAUCUGACGUGCCUCGCAUCCAUUCGUGUCUGGCUGACCGCCGCGACCAGGCACAGAAGCACAGUGUUGGCAUCGCGCCCAAGACGAGGACCUGACCAAUCUGGACCGAGCAACAUCCUAAGCGUCGAGUCGUGGCCAGCGCAGCAGCGAACCUUUCGGGAUCAGUUUGAAACCAACCUACCACCGCAGCACCGGAUAGCCAUCAACAACCACUAUGCCUCGUGUCUGCGCGUUAUAGGUCCCAGUGACGCGACGUCGAAGUACAACAUGAGCCGCACACGCAGUCUUUCGUUUCCCAGGCUCAACACUUCGCAACUGUCCGAGGACGCCAUGGGGCCCUUCUUGCCCUCGCCCACUCAUUCGCGCGACUCUUCUGGAGAGUCGGAAUACUCUUUCCCUCCGACUCCAACCUUUUCCUCGCGCGGCCACAAUCGCUACCCCAGCUCAACAUCAUCACUCGUUACCAAUCCGGAUUCCCCGGCCAACCCGCAGAAAACAACACUGCACGAUCUCGUGGAAGAACCCGCCGAGCGCGACGAUCAACAAUGGGAUUUUGUUGAAUCAAGACGCGAUUCACUGUGCAUUUGCGACACUCCCUUCUGUUACCACCGAGAACGCGAAAGUUCUCCUCAUGGAUCGGCAUCGAUCGCGGAAUUAGAGUGGAUUCCCGGCGACGACUACUUCGAUGGCGGUUAUCUACCGGGCGGCGAGAGAGAAGCAAAGCGCCGCAAAUCGAACGAGAACAUGACCGAUAGCUUCACCUCGCGCCUCAGUCACCACUUUUCGAAACGCUUUGGUGGACACAAGUCCAAUGGCUCGGUCUCGACUGUCAACCUCCGGAGUGCGCCAGCCUCUCGCUCUUCUUCUUUGCGACUUCCAUCUACAAGAUCCUUCACUGCACCGAAUGCGCGCGAGAUGCGCAUUGCGAGCACUCCACAGACACCAGCAAUGCGCCCAUCGUUUCACGAUCAACCAGCUACUCCACAGCGGUCCAGGGCGUUGUCGUCAAUCACCUCCAGGCCGGUCGAUAUCAGCAUCCCUGAACCCGAAGAUGAUGCAUGCGAGCGACAGGAGCUCGCGACGACACCGCUUCUGCCACCAAUGAUGACGAAUUACUUCAGUGACUCCCAGGAGGCCUUGCGAUCACCUCUGACAUCUCCAUCGGUGGCUUCCCCGAGUGUGGUUCCAUCCAUGGCCAACACGCCCGUGUCAACACCCAUCACACGCGGCUUCCCGACCCCGCCUUUGUCAACAAAAGGGUCGGCAGCAUCGAUCAACAAGCGAUCCAGUCACGUCCUGCAACCGGCUUCAGAGAUCCCUCACCUAGCAAUCGCCGAGGAGACAGACCGCUGGGCGAUCAAGCUGGGGCAUGCAAACUUUCACAUUUACCCUGAACCUUACCUACCUGAAGUUUGUGACGCACAGAACUGCCGGCAAUUGCGGGACGACUGGGAGUCAGCUCGUGUCGAGUUCAUGCGACAGGCUGCGCGCGUCAGCGACAACCACGGGAUAACCUCGCAAAUUUACAAGCUCACCGAAGAGAAGUGGGCAGAGAUUGAUGCCACUUGGCGCGCAAACUAUGAAAUGGCAAACGCGCAAGCUCGAGCAAGCGGCGAGAACCCCGUUGUGCAACCGCUGGCCGAGACGCAAGCGCUACAGAAGAUGCCAUCACUCCAAGAUCCCACGCAGCCUUCCAAAUUCCCGGUUGUGGAAGAAGCUGACAUUGUUGGCCCGAUGGUGCAGUAUGCCAAGAUUCAACAUCGCCGACAACCUUCUAAGAAGUCUUCCUUCCUCAAGAUCUUCACCGACCCAGCUUCCCUGCUGGGCAAACCAACAUUCGGUCUGCAGCGAUGACAGCGGUGGCGAGACCAUUCAUCCCUUGGCCACGCUACUGCUACUAGCGAGACCGAAACUAUAACCUUUUCUUUGUUGUAACACGAGAGCACGAUACGAAUUUUAUGACCUGAUGAUCCUCACGCAACGCGUAGAGAAAAUGGGUGGGAAUAGCGAGCGCGGCGUCUUGAGGACUGGAAAAUAGGAGCACGGAAUAAUGCUCCUCUGAAAAAGGCGGCGUUGCGGUCUUGAGUUGAAGCGCGGGCGUGCGCUUCCUCGACGAAUGGGCGGUACUGGUUUCUCGGGAUACCCAAUUUUGCUUUCCAUGUGCGGCACGAUCAUUCUGCCGGCACUGCUGUGUUGAAGGGGCGAGUCUGCUUGUCAGACGCUUGCAGUCCUGGAGCGGCGAACAUGUUUUACUGAACACUAUUCGAGAUGAGAAGAGAGUAGAGAUAUGACGCCGCCUGUCGCGAGACUCGUGGCGGCGUCUCCAAUGUCAAAUGUAUAUGAACAACUCAGCAGAAUCCUCAUAUGCUGGACCCCUCAUCAGCCACAUCAUACCUUCACCUCCAUUUCGCCAGAACAGGUAGGUCCGCGAGCUGUGAUGGGGCUUUGCACCCU